GGGACCGACAAAGUUUGGCUUCGUUUCUUCCUCAUAAUCUACUGAAACCUGGCCCCACGUCCCUAUGGACUGAGCUCCACAAAACUAAACAACGCCUAUGCCUCCCUCUCCCCUUCCGCUGCUUAUAUCUAUGAUACUCUACGCAUCCCCCACAUAACCUAUUCACCAUGCCUACCCGAUCCGUUAAAAUUAUCCAGCUCCAGCACCCGGACACGACGUCCUACGGGAGCUCCGGUGCUGGUUAUUCCUCAUCUUGGUUUUCCAGAUUGCGGGAAAAGAUGAAAGAGAUGACCUUUUUUAAUUGGGUCGAGAUGUUUCUGCCUUGUUGCCGUUGGAUUCGAACGUAUAAAUGGCGGGAGUAUUUGCAGGUUGAUCUCAUGGCUGGUACUACCGUCGGUAUUAUGCUCGUACCGCAGGCAAUGUCAUAUGCAAAACUAGCUGGACUUCAACCAAUCUAUGGGCUCUACUCUGGAUUUGUGCCAAUUUUUAUCUAUGCCAUAUUUGGGUCAUCACGGCAGAUUUCAAUCGGUCCCGCUGCAUUGACUUCCCUCCUCGUCUCCAACGUGUUAGGUAAAAUUGUUGAUUCAUCAGAUGCAUUAUACACAGAACUCGCUAUAGUGUUGACUUUGAUGGUUGGGAUCUUGGAGUGCAUAAUGGGGCUAUUGAGGCUUGGAUGGCUUAUUCGUUUCAUUAGUCAUUCUGUGAUUUCUGGGUUCACAACAGCUUCAGCCAUUGUAAUUGGUUUGUCUCAAGCAAAAUACUUUCUGGGGUAUGAAAUUGAUCGAAGCAGUGAGAUUGUGCCAAUAAUCAAGAGCAUAAUAUCUGGAGCUGAUAAGUUCUCAUGGCCCCCUUUUGUAAUGGGAUCUAUAAUUCUGGCGAUACUUCAGACCAUGAAGCAUUUGGGAAAAUCAAGGAAGCAUUUAAAGUUCUUACGAGCUAUGGGUCCCCUGACAGCGGUCAUUCUUGGCACAAGUAGUGCCAAGAUAUAUCAUCCAUCAUCUAUUACAUUGGUUGGAGACAUACCUCAAGGCCUUCCCAGCUUUUCCAUCCCUAAAGGUUUUAAGCAUGCAAAGUCCUUAAUUCCAACUACACUUGUCAUUACUGGUGUAGCCAUCUUGGAAUCCGUUGGAAUUGCCAAAGCAUUGGCAGCAAAAAAUGGGUACGAGCUGGAUUCAAAUCAAGAGUUGUUUGGUCUUGGGGCUGCAAAUGUGUUGGGGUCAUUCUUUUCAGCAUACCCCACAACAGGUUCUUUCUCGAGAUCAGCUGUGAAUCAUGAGAAUGGGGCAAAAACCGGCUUAGCUGGAGUUAUAACAGGAAUCGUAAUGUGUUGUGCACUUUUAUUCUUGACUCCAGUAUUUGAGUACAUACCACUGUGUGCUCUGGCUGCUAUAGUAAUCUCUGCAGUGAUAAGCCUGGUGGAUUAUGAAGAAGCAAUUUUCUUAUGGCGUGUAGGCAAGAAAGAUUUUCUUCUUUGGACCAUUACAGCUAUUACAACAUUGUUUUUCGGAAUUGAGAUUGGUGUCCUUAUUGGGGUAGGUUUUUCACUUGCCUUUGUCAUUCAUGAAUCAGCCAAUCCUCAUAUCGCUGUGUUGGGGCGCCUUCCUGGCACCACAGUUUACAGGAACAUUCAGCAGUAUCCAGAAGCAUAUACUUACAACGGAAUCGUAAUUGUUCGUAUUGAUUCACCUAUCUAUUUUGCAAACACAAGUUACAUCAAAGACAGAUUGCGAGAAUACGAAAUCGUGGUUGAUAAAUUGACGAGACGUGGACCACAAGUCGGAAGAAUAUAUUUUGUGGUUUUGGAAAUGUCACCUGUUACAUACAUAGACACUGGUGCAGUCCAAGCUCUGAAAGAAUUACACCAUGAAUAUAAAUCACGGCACAUCCAGAUAGCCAUCUCCAAUCCGAAUAGGAAUGUUCUGUUGAUGUUAUCGAAAUCUGGUGUCGUAGAGUUGAUAGGCAAGGAAUGGUACUUUGUGAGAGUGCAUGAUGCAGUCCAAGUAUGCCUCCAACAUGUUGAGAGAAUAAAAGAAGAUCACAUGGCAUCUGGAUCAGAUUCAUCACCUGAAGAAACAGAAUCAAGUCUCUUCAAGUCAUUACUGAAACAAAGAGGAGAGGAUUCAUCAGUUGCAGAGCUUGAAUCAGGUACUAAUAACAAACCUUCCGAUUUGAAACACAGUGACCCUUUAUCGGAGCCAUUAUUGUUCCAAAAAUCUUGAAUUUUCCGAAUCAAAAAACCAUUUUUUAUUUCCUACAUUCCAUUUCUGAUUCAGACCUACUGUUCAAUCGUUCUAGCUGUAAAGGCCGAUUGUUUAUUUAUAACUUGUUGGAAAGAAGUAAAAGAAAGGGUUGAUUGAUUCCGUUGCAAGCAAAAGUUCGCUUGUUGUAAAAGGUAAUGCAAUUAGGGACAAGAACUAAUGAGGAAUCUCGAUGGUUGUUUCAAACUUUUGUAAUUAAAUUUGAUAAUUUGUAUAUUCAUAUAUUUUGGUAUGUUAGGAUUAUAUUUAAGAUAUUUUAUAUUUAUAACAAAUAAACUUUAAUAUUUAUAUUUA